AUUGAUCGGCAAUAAUUUUUUCUCCAUCCCAAUGGUUACAGUGAAUUUAAUGCGUAUCAAUUUUCCAAGUGAUUUAAACCCAGUUAAUUGAUCAAAUUUUAACCAUAUUUGAUUUGCUUCAAUCUAUUGUUUUAACAAGAAAAAGGCAUUAAUGGUGAGCGAUUAAAAGCAUUUCCAAUCAUGUUCAUGUUGGCAAAAAGAAAUCAGUUUUACCGCCAAACUCAAUGAUUCCUCUUUUCUUCCUGUUCAAUCAUAUGUUUGAAUCAGAAGAAAAUAUUUCUACAAGUCAAAAUAUUUACCUUCAUUUUCCUGUUAUUGAUAUACUUUAAUGAAUAUUGAUCUCUAUUGGAAUGUUUAAUUUAAUUAAUCCCAUUUUUUGAGUGUUCAUUUUCUUGGUUAUCAUUUAUCACCAAUCAAUUUAAUCCAUAAAUCAUGGUUUUCGCUUUUGGAUUGUAAAAAUUUGCCCUUUUUAUUCCAUCAUCACCAUUUUCUCGCUUCUCUUUGCUUGUUGAUUCCAUUGAGACCAAGCUAUGGAUCAAAUAAAGUCUUCUAUUCAAAAUGGUCCACCACCUCAUGAGAAUUUACCUCCACCUCUGCUAUUAAUUAAUAAUCAAAAUUCUGUUGACGUUAUUGAGACGAAAAAACAAUCAUCGGAUGAAAUUCUAGAACCAGAAAUUGACGAUGUUGCUCCGUCUGAACCCCCUGCUCGUGGACUUGAAUUAAUGUACAAAGUAGCUGAAGAACUUGCCACUCGAAUCGCUGACGAGAAAAGAUAUGAAGGAAUAAUCAAGCCAUGUUCUGUUAGAAUAUUAAGAAUCUCCGAUGUAUCUAAAUAUAGAGUGAUUAGAGAUCCAGAAAUGAUUAAGCAAGAAAAGAUGACCGAUGAAGAAUCUAAUAACCAUCAUGAAGAUAUGCAAAUAGACUGUUAUGACUCUUCAGAUGAUGAAGAGGAAAUGAUUGUACCACCGGCAGAAAAAGACUUGGAAAAAAGUAGUCAAUUGAAUGAAGAAACGAUUUCAUUCUUCUGUAUAUUCUGCCAUGAGAAAAACAUCCAAGGAAAAUCGAGUGCAUUUGAUCAUUACCAGUCUCACAUGGAUUAUUAUCCAUUCAAAUGUACUCAAUGUUUGGAAGUGACAACUAAUUUAAAAAAUUUAUUUAUCCAUUAUCGAAAAGAUCAUAGUGAAGAAAAGACUGCUACGUUUAAGAAAAGAUUAAUGCCUUGGAUUACCGAAUGGAUUGAUGAUUUUCUGAAAUCUCAAGUAUCCACAAGUCGUGGUAGAUUUGCCCAACCUCGGCCCUAUUGUCCAGUCUGCGAGUCAAGUGAAAAAAAGGAAGAUAUCAUCUUGUUACCACCUAAUUUAAUUCAACCCCGGAAACAUUUAAUGCAUGUAUACAAACACCUUUGUUAUGAACCCUACGUUUGCGGGAUAUGUCAGAAAGCAGGGAAAAAGUUUACCAUCACUGAUUUUGAUGAUCGAGCUUAUGAACAUAUAUUGAAAAAUCAUCCUGAAGCUGAAAAUGAAUUGCUGGCCAAAGUUUUCCUUAAAUCAAGGUACAUUAAACCUCUGGAAGGUUAUAUUAUACAUUAUUUAACAUCAGCUGGAGUUUCAACUAAACGUCGAGUACCUGAAAAGAUUCCCAAUUUUGCUAGAAAUAAAUUUAAAGCCAAACACGAGAGCAAAGAGAAACAAAAUACAGAUAAAGACAAUAAUCGAUCUACUACAUUGGGUGAUCUUUUUAAUCAAUCAUCAUCCAGUUUAAAUAAUCAAUCUGAUACCAGUUUUCAGGUAAUUGGUCAAAAAUCUGAUAACCUAACUAAUCUAACUAAUCAAACCAAAGCCAAUCCAAAUGUUACUGCAACACCUCAUCAAAUGAGUAAAACACCUCCAAUUAUUCACAAACCUGCCACAAUGUUGACCACAUCUAAUAGUUUGUUACUCUCACCUUCAAAAGGACCUUUUCCACAAUUUACAACUCUUGGAAUUAAUAAUUUACCUAUUUCAAACUGUUAUACAGUUUCCAAAAUCAGCAUUUUACCCAAAAAUGGAGUCAAUUCAACGCAACCCAUUUACCUUCCUAGUUAUCAACAACCAAAUGUUAUUCAACUACCUUGUGGUCAAUUAAUGGUCCGAAAUAAUAAUAAUCCACCAUCUACUCCCGUUCUCGUUCCUACUUGUACAUCGACUACUACUGCUACUACUUCGACUAUUAUUCCAACUCAGAACAAACUUUUUCAUCAAUCAAACGGGAUUGUUUCUUUACUUGCAAGUCCUCCGUCGAUUCUGAGACGACCAUCAAUAUCUCCACCAAAACAAGAUUCUCUUAAUCAAAAUGGACCAUUUCAGAUUCAAGUUUCUCCUGAUAUUGGAAGCUUUAUUGGAAAUGAUAUUCAAAAUAAACUUAAGAAAAAUGACGAAUUUGAAAAAAGAAGAUAUUUCUGUAUGUUCUGUAAAGAAAUGAUCCAAUUCGAUUCAUUCAAUGAUGGUCUAAUUCAUUUGUGUAAACAUCUCGAUUACAAGCCUGUUAAUUGUUUACUCUGUGGUGAUAAAUUUGAAGACUUGGACACAAUCAUGGAACAUUUUCUCAAAUGUCAUUCUCAUGAUAAAGUUUGUCAAGAUAGUAAUGAAUGUGAACCUUUGCUCUACUUUAUCAAUCGAGAUGGACAAACAGAAAAAUGGGUUGAACAAUUUUUCCAAUUCCAAGUUUCUGGUGAAUUUGAUAGAAUAGUGAAUGUUGAUUGUGCAGCAUAUUGUUGCAUCUGUAAAGAAAUGCAAAGAAUUCUAUAUAAACGUAUUCCAAGUCGACUAACGCGAAAUUAUCAAACAACAUUAUCACCUCCAGUUGAAGUAGUUCGUCAACAUCUUAAUCUUCACAUCAACUAUCGUCCAUAUGAAUGUUAUUUAUGUUGCAAAGCUGGUAACCAGGUUAGAUUUGCUUCUGUUGGAGAUACUGCUCUUAAACACUUGAAAACCCAUGGAUUUUCACCAAUCGAUUCUGCUUUUCUCAAAGAAUUUUUCCACCACAAACCAAUACUAGAAUUGGAAAAUUUUGUCAAAAAUUAUCUAAUUACAGAAUUUUAUCCCUACUCAAAUACCAUUGGAUAUGGAAAUAGGACUCAAACCAGUAAACAACCAACAUCUUUCACAUUAAAUGGUUUUCAAAAUCAAAAAAAUUAUUCAAGAUCACCGGAUGACAUUGUAUCUAAGGGUCUCUUCAACAACAAUACUAAUGGAUCAAUUUCACCUCUUUUACCACCACAACCACAACCACAACCACAACCAUCACCUCAACUUUAUGAUCUUAAAAGAUUUGCUGGAGCAUCUUAUGCCUGUUAUCAUUGUAAACUAACCAUUAUCGGAAUUCAGGAACUUGUCACACAUUGUAAAACAAUUCAUCCCAAUCUUUCAAUUUCAUCUUAUUGUUUAAACAAUUUAAAUGGUUCAGAAUAAUUGGUUUACUCAUGUUUCCAUAAUCUAAACAGUGAAAUCAACUUUAUCAUCUUAUAUUAAUGAACACACGAGUAUUAUUAGUUUAGGUUAUGAAAGUAAAACAAACUUUUCAUUUAAGAUUUUUAAGAUAUGAUCAAACAUCUAAUGAGAAUCUAAAUCAUACAAAGUGCCUCAAAAACAUCACACAAACUCACCUACUAAUCUGUUAACAGUUUAAUUUUCUCAUCUAUUUAAAUUCACCUCAAUUCAUUUCUUAUCUGUUUGGAGCCUGAUAAUAAGAUGGAAGCUUAAUCAUCAACAAAUCCACUAAAAGGAAAUCGAUUGUUUCUUUCCAGAUAAUUGAAAGAAAACAAAUGAAUGAUAAAAAACUAAUCAACAUUUUCUAAGCAAAAAACUUCAAUUCCCUUCACCAUUCAUUUUAAUUUCUGACAUUCGGACUCCUGCAACAUGACUACAGAUUAUCAUUGCUACUUAAAGACAAACUAAUUCCUCACUUCUAUUAAUAUUUAUAAUUCUUGUAAAUGAUGUACAUUUAUACUUGUAUUAACAAAGUUGUUUUCCUAAUUGA